AUGUCGGACAAAGACGCAGCCACCCCACGACUAUUUCUCAUACGUCACGGUAAGACUGCCUCUCCUCUUCCUCAACCACUCGCAUCUUUCAAGCUUACGCCUACUGCCCCUCUAGGUGAAACGGAAUGGUCUCGUAAUGGGCGAUUCACGGGCAUUUCCGACAUUCCCCUUCUCCCCGAAGGCGAGGAGAAGGUCCGCCAAACCGCCUCAGUGGUGUUUGGUCCUGGACGCUUGAUCGACCCGAGCAAAGUCUCUCACAUCAUCUGCAGCCCGAGACAACGUGCCCAACGGACCCUGCAGCUCCUCCUGGACCAGAUCACAGACCCCGGCACACGCACGGCGCUUACCGACAAGGUCAACACAACCGAAGACAUCGCGGAAUGGGGUUACGGCGACUACGAAGGCCUCUUCCUGCAUCAGAUCCAAGAACUUCGCAAAUCUCGGGGCUUGGACCAGGAUCGACCCUGGAAUAUCUGGCGGGACGGGUGCGAGGGACCAGGAGGCCACACGCCCGGCCAGGUCACAGAGCGACUUGACCAGUUGAUUGCGCAGAUCACCUCGAUCCACCGGCAAGGGUUGCAGACGGGUGAUCGGAAAUGCGACGCUGUGGUAGUCGCGCAUGGCCACAUCCUCCGAGCCUUUGUAAAAAGGUGGCUGGGGCUUGACAUGGCCACAAAGAUGGAAAUGAUGCUGGAACCUGGUGGCGUCUGCGGGUUGAGUUACGCUCACCGAGACGUCGAGGCCCGGGCAGUCCUUGUAGGCAUGAGUUUCCCGGGGCCUGCAUGA